AACGGGACGAAGCACGAACAUCGACUAACUAACAUCAAUGACGGACCAGGAACGAAAGCAAGACAUGGACUGAAAUAGACAGGACUGGGCGAAAAUAAUCGGACACAGCUGGGUAUAAUGGGGAAGCACACGUGGAUAAUCAGGGGGGCGUGGCACACAUGAGGAUCGUACGAGCUGGGCGUGACAGUUCGACAUACUGAUCGCUAUGUAUCGCGAUACAACAGUUUGCAAUGUUACCAAAGUGUCAUUUUAUAAUUCCCAUAUUAAACAAGUUACCGUGCAUAGUGCUUUGGGGAGAGAUAGACUCCAAGAGUGCAGUUCAUUUCACGUGUCUUUAAGUCAUUGUCUGAUAUUAUCCAGAGCUGAAUGUGUGAUUCAUGCUUACUACUAUAUUCUUGCUUUGCAGUUCUUACACAAUUUUUUUUCUUAUUUACUUCUAAAAGUAAAUAAAAAACUUAUAAAACUGUCAUUAUUAUAUAACAACUAUACGUAUUAUGAUGUUAUUAUUUAGUUAUGUUGUUGCUUGGUUACAUUUGAUGCCUCCGCACGUGGGAAGCUACCGGUUUGAAAGAUGCGGCUUCACUUGCUUUUCUGCACCAAGAUGGCAAGAAUCAGACGAAUGGAGAAAGCUGUUUGCUGGAGCGACGACAGAUACUGGGCAACUUGGGACAAGUGGGGAGAGGUGAUUGACUGGGGAGAUGAGAAAGAGCUGUGCUCCCCAGCAGAAUCACCUUCUGACCAGGCUGACAGUUCCACUGAGUCACAUUCCCGAAGGCGAAUUGCCAAGGCAGUUAGCUGGACGGAUGAUGCUUAUUGGGCAGCCUGGGACAAGUGGGAAGAGAUCAUCUGCUGGGGUGAUGAAGAGGAGUGCUCCCAAGUAACUCCACCCACUAGCCAGCUUGGGAGGGAUAAGGGGAUAGAUGUACAUGGGUUGGAGGCUUUUGUGAUAAAUAACAGGACAAUCUCCAUAAAGCCUGUAGACAACCAUCAAGACAGUCUGAAGAUAGGAGCUGUGCUGGUAGACCUCUGCCAGUUUGAUCUCGAAUAUUUAGAUCAAAGUAAAUUUAAUUUUGAAAUUGUGCAAGUACAAAUUGGAGAAGUUGAAGUGGAGGAAACUAGAGAAAAGGCUUUUGAAAAAGCAUUUGAAUUGGAAAUUGUGGAUGUGGCAGUAAAAGUUAUAAACAGUGAAAUCCAGCCGAAUGCUAUAAAUUUGGAUAUUGUUGAAACUAAGGUGGACAAAUUAUUAUUGGAAGAACUGAUCGUUGGCGAUUUAGAAGCAGGCAAUGUGAAGGUGUCAGUGUCAAAUGGCAAUGUGGUGAAGGUACCCUUAAGGUACCCUUCACCACAGAGGAACAGAAGGACCAGGCAACCUUAGACCAUACUCUCUGGUGGUUGACUCGUGGCAACUGGACUUGUCUCUGAAAGUUAGAAACAUUUCGCUGCUCAUCCAAUCAGCUUCUUCAGACUGAGGGAGGUAGUAAGUGUCCACAUAUUUAUCCUCCUGGGUAAGUAGUAUAAGGGGGCUCGUUGAGUGAAACAAAGUGGGGGGGGGGAGUUGCGGGUAGAUGUAACCAGUCCCUCCUACUCCAAUAGAGUGGGUCGUUAAGGGUGGUCCACCUGGUGGAGGUGUGAAUUGGGUCUGUUUUUUUCCUGGGAAUAAUUUUUGUUUUGGCAAAUGAUGAGAGGGCCGCAGGUUAAAUUGGAGACAGGUUGUGCCUAAUGCCUCUACCUCUGUUGAUGCACAUGCAAAGCUGCUUGGACGAGCGGUGAAACGUUUCUACCUUUCAGAGAGGUACAAUGUCUUUGGAUGUCUUUUGUCUUGUGCAGUCUGGGAGUUGACUGAAUGCUGGGGCGGGGGUAGCUUUUCCUUUGUAGUGGGGUCCGGUGGGGCGCCUUGGGCUCUGUGGGGCCCGGUGGUGCUGCUGCCUUGGGCCCUGUUCUGGAUGGGCCUGGGCCCCCCUCCCUGGAUGGAUUUCGGGGAACGGGGAGUGCCUAUGGGGGUCAGCGGGGGAGCUGGCUCCGGGGGGGGAGGUAUUUUGCACCCCCCCCAUUCCUUUCCUCCCCAUCCCUAAAUGCUUCCCUCCUCCCGCUCCAUCACACCACCACACAUGUAGGGCUUUGAGGUGUAGGUGCGUUGCUGGGAUGCAGGGUAGGUAUUCCUCCUCUGUCCCCUCGCGACCACCUGUACCUCAUUCAUACACUACAACGUAGACACUCUCAUUACUUACUCUCUCAUGACACAUACAUUUAGGGCAUUGGGGAUGGACACACAGAAUGACAUCCAGAGGGCGGUCUGUUCAUUCAGCCUUACCUCUGGUGCCAGGGCCCACAUCUCAAUUUUAAUCACACAUAGACAUUGAGGGCUCUGGGGAGAGGCCGAGCUAACACCAGCUGUUGGUCGGCAGGGGGUGGUUAGUGCCAUGCCCUUCACCUGUUUUAAAAGCACUUUAGAACAACACACACCAACACCACAUCUGAGCGGGCGAAGGGGGGCAUGGGGUCUUUUCACACCCCCGUUCCCUGUUCGCCAUUUGGGGCUGGGGGCUGAGAGGAAGAGCUGGCCGUCUGGUCGGGGUCUGGGCUGGUGGGCUUCUCGGCUACUGCGGGGUCCGGGGUGAUCUUCUGGUCUCCUCGCCAGAGGAAAAAUAGGGGUCCACAUAGAGUAUAUA